AUGCCAGCACCGCAUCGCAUCAAUUGGGAUCCUUAUAUUGCGGUGGUUGGUCCAUCCGCCUUUCUGGAUUGUUCUUCCUUGGAAAAAAUCAAGAUUCCAUCCAGUCUCGAGAAACUUCCCAAGAGUUGCUUCCAUUCAUGUAGCAACUUGAAACAAGUCGCCCUUCCCGAAGGUCUCAAGAAAAUCAAGGCCAGCUUGUUUCUCGAUUGCAUUUCGUUAAACUAUGUCAAGAUUCCAUCGACAGUCGAAACAAUUGAACAGGAUUCCUUCAAGGGAUGUUCAGCUUUGGAGGGUGUCGACUUUGGUAGCCCUCAUCAUCAUCAUCAUCAUCAUCAACAUCAACAACAACAACAACAGUCAAGCCUUCUAAAACACAUGGAAUGGGAAGCAUUUAUGGAUUGCAUUGCGCUGAGAAAAGUCAAGAUUCCAAACACAGUGACAGUCAUCAAAUCGAGUGUCUUUUUCGGAUGCACGUCGUUGGUAGUAGAUGUGGAACUAUCGGAAGGAUCGAUCGGUGGAAUUGGUUGGGAUUUGGGCCUUUGCCAGCUGUCCGCGGUUGGUGACGGUCGAAAUUCCACCGACGGGAAUGUCUCCUCAAUUUCGGAUUUGCAAGGAUGCCUUUGUCCAUUGCAAGGCCAUGAUCAAUGUAUCACUGCCCAGAUCUCUAAGCAAAGAAUACAAGAUUCAUGGACUCGACAACAGUUUUGGUUCUGGAUUCGGCGAGAAUGGAUUUCUGAGGUUGAGAAAUUUCUGAACAACCCUGGUGGGGUAUUGAAUGGGGAUCACAACGGCCAUGGAGUUCAAAAUUUGGAUCGGGUCACAAUGUUCAAGCAAAUUCAUUCUUUGAUCUCACUCAACAAGACCUUUGGUGCGCAAAUUCCUUCUCUAGUUCCAGCCCCAGCACCUACUACUACUCCGGCUCCAGCACCUACUACAACUCCAGGUCCAGGUCCAGCUUCAGCACCUACUACUACUACUACAACCACUACUACUACUACUACUACUACUACUACUACUACUACUACUACUGAUCCAGCCCCAGGUCCAGGCCUUAUAACUACUGAUCCAGCACCUACUACUCCAGUUCCUGAGCCUACAAAGAAACGAGCUCCACAAUCUACUACUACUACUGCUACAGCAGCUCCAAAAAAGAAACAUAGUAUUCCAGCUCCAGUAAGGAAGUCCAAACGAAUCUCCAAGAAGAAAGUCCCAACAAAUCAGCAAGAAGAACUCUAG